AUGAGGGAACAGGAUGCUUUUCAGAUUCUUGCAUGCAAGGAAAUCCGCCUCCCAACGAGCCAGAAUUCCACAUUGGAGUCUCCCGAAAUGGAUGACAAAAGCAACGGUUCUGGUGGAACAUCCCCUGCGGCUGCUAAGGGACGGGUGAUAAGUCAAGCAGUAAGAAAGAGCCUCAUACAAAACACCAUCCCCAUAUUCAUAGAGCUGAAGAGAUUGCUCGAGAGCAAGAACAGCCCCCUCACAGGUUCCCUCAUGGAUUGCCUCCGUCUCCUCCUCAAGGACUACAAGAAUGAGAUAGAUGAAAUAUUAGUUGCUGAUAAGCAGCUCCAAAGAGAGCUCUUAUAUGACAUGCAGAAACAUGAAUCUGCAAAGGCCAGAUCAGAAGCUGCAGAGACCGUUGCUGCAAUGGGAAAAUCAGGGAAUAAUCAUAUGCCUCAGGCUUCCAACGCUCCCAGUGGAGUGCCGCGCCAGAACAAGUCCUCCAAUGAAUUGCAGAGCAAUUCUAGAGUGGCUUCGGCUCUGGCAGACGCUGCAGCUGAGGCCACAGCGCGGUCUGAGCUCGGGGAAGUAAACAAAGGGACUUCCACGCCACCUCUUAGUUCUCUCAAAGCGCCCAAGGUCAAGUCUUGCAGUGGAGCGACAGGUAGUAGGGGCGCUCCAAGCAAUCGUCCCAGAGAAGUGCUGGAAUCUUUAAGAAGGCAGCGCUUUGGUUCUGAUGAUGAAGGUUAG